AAUGUAAUGUUCUCUCUAUAUCAAAGGUUAGCAUCCCGACUAGUUCCAUGCCAAAUCUAACAAGGCCUCUGCAGUACUGUACUGUCACUGACGUGCGGGGCCGGACCCACAUAUCAGCGAUCCAACUGCACCAUGCCGUACCUGUUCCGCUCGGCGCAUCCCUCACUGGCUGGACCUUGGCAACGCCAGCCAUGGAGUCCACGACCAGCCUCCACCUCCCCUCGACGGUGGCGAGCAGCCGGAGGACUCCAUCCUGGCUGACACCGAGGGUCUAUGCAUCCUCUCGCCUCUCCAGCGGAUCUACGCCUUCGCGGCAUCCUUGGCGGCCGGACUCGCGCUGAUGAUCUAAUUCAUGACAAGCUGCUAACACAGAUUGCAAUAAUAUGUGAGAUCUGUAUCCUGUUUUGCUAAGGCUCCUGUCCUUACUAUAAUAGUUGUGCCUUGCAUGUCAUUGAACCAUCACUGUAGUAUCGAUGUUGCUUGCAAGAAUGGCUUCCUUAAAGUCAAACACUACAUGGGAAAAUAUCUUGAACGUAACCCUUCUGAAUGUCCUACGAUAGUUCUGGAUAGCCAGGAGCUACCAAUUUUUAAGACUGAUAUCUCUACUCUUUCCAAUAUCUAAAUGUUCAUGCAAAGCAACAAACGAUGUCAGGGUAAUAGAAAAUUGUUAUGUUCUCUGCUGUUUUCCAUGAACCAAUAAAAGUAUUCCAUGACUUCCAUAAUCAUUUUAUAUACUUAGCAUGUACUUUCCUCUUUCCAGGUCAAAGAAACAACUGAAGUGUAUAACCGAGAACCACCUGAAACUUAUUAAUUACUCGUGGUCUUGGUAGCGAUAGCAGUAGCACAAUUCUCUUGUUAUCUGUUACUUGGUAGGGUUUGACAAUUUGCUUACUUAAAUAUACAUCUGUAGAAUAUUUUAGGACAUACUUGUAGUUUUAAUCUCAGAAAUUAAAUGACUAAAGAUGAUUUGAAAGUUAAAUUUUGUUAUCUUCCACAUCUGCAGUAUAUGCUAUGCUGCUUACUGUCCAUAAACAGCAUGGCUGCCAGUUACCGAAUGGAAAAGCUGGAUUUGUAGACAGCUUGUGAUUGGCCAUACACUGUGACCACCUUGUUCAUAGGAUCUACACCUCCGCAGCAUGCCUGGUUGUCGGACUCGCCUUGAUGAUCCUGCACAACCUUCAUUAUGGGGCCCCAGAGCAGCAGCUAAGGACAAUGUUUGAUCCACUUUAUUCUCUUUGGGUUCUGCAUUUGGUUUAACUGUGCAGAUUCAAGGCAAGCUGCUAAUGUUUAUUCCAAUUAUAUGCGAGAUAUGUGCCCUGUUUUGGUAUCAUAUUCCUAUAAUAAUGCUAGUGACUUAUAGUACCAGUUUACUAUUGAUGUUGAUUGCAAAUAUGGGACAAAAUAUUGAAUGCUACCCUUCUGAAAGCCUUAUGAUAGUCCCAAGAGCUGCUAAUUUUUAAUACUGAUAUCUCAUUUGUCAGGGUAAUAGGGAAUUGUUAUGUUAUGCAAGACUUCCAAAAUCAUUUUAUACAGUUAGCAUAUUUAAACCAUAUCAAAGAACUAAUUAAACUACUUAACAGAGAACCACCUCCAACUUAUGUAUUGCUCAUGGUCUGGUACUGCUACUGCUAGUAAUGGCACAAUUAUUUUGUUCUUAGUUACCAAUGGGUUGACAUGUAUAAAGGGAAAAAAGCAGUGCUAAUUUGUUUACUUAUACAUCUGUAGAUUAUUUUAUGUGGUAACUUUAAGUGACAAUGUGCAAUUUGCAGAAAAUACUUGUAGUUUUAAUAUCAGAAUGUGGAUGACUGGAAAAUUGACUAUAUGCAAGGCUGCUCACUGCCUGUUCAUAAAAAGCAUGACUGCCAAUUACCAAACUGCAAAGAUGGAUUUGUAGAUUGUAGCUUGUGAUUGGUCAUACCAUCCUUUUUAUAGAAACAGUUAUUUUCUUCUAUGGUUAAAUAUAACUGAUAUCACCAUCUAUGCUGGCAUGGAAUUCUCCUGUGCAUAUUAUAUUGAUGUCCAUCUUGGGCUUUUAGCCAUCAUGCUUCAAUGAACUUUUGUCACUAUGUAAUAGCAAUGCUGUAGUUCGGACUCGUUCCAUUUGUUCAUCUUCCUUUACCAUGCAAUGUGGAAUCAUUCAAAGACAUAGCCAGGGAUUUUACAUCUUUACUGUACUAGUUUGAAUUUGACUAAACUUCAGCAAAUAUACAGACUGGCCAGAUCACUCCCUCCUGCCCCCCCCCCCCCCCCCCCCCUCCUCCCUCUCUCUAUCUGACUGUAACUGACUACUGCUUUUUUUUGUUUCAAUCGACUGACCUCUGACAGUAAGAGCAAAGUUUCUGACCAAUGAACUGACUAUGCUCCUGUAUUCUCCAUUUUCUGCACCCCAGGUACAGUUUGAGCUACAUACCUUUCGCACGAAGGCUGGUUUCUGACCUGAUGGUGAAGUUAUGUGACACUGAACUUUGAGCUUGGGUGGGCUGUGCAGCUGCAGCGUUCAAGUCAGGGAAGCCUGUAGAAGUGUAGAUGCUUGCUCCUUUACCCGUUUCCUCUGGGUAUCUUGUUUGAUUAACAAACCAAACUCUGUUUUUAGUAUAAAUGCGUGCCAUGGUGCAAUAUUUGUAAAACUUUGAUUGCAUCUGUAAAUCAGAGUUCUGGCCUCAUGCUGCUGCAAAACGAUCUGUUUGUGUAACAUACAUUUCGACCUCCUUGAUUGCUGCUUCUAUUUGCAUGAACCAUGGCACUGCAAACUCCUAGACGUUGCUGACCAACAACAUAAUUAACUCUCCACAUGUUCAGAAUUCUGAUUUCUGAAGUAACCUGGGCGUCAUGUUGCGACUUGCAAGUCGUGGUGGGCUCUGGGCUCAAAGCCUCCGAAGUCCAACCAGCCGUGAGUGUCUAGCUGGACCCACGUGGCAGUCACGCAGCACGCAGCGCCUCCACCCGCUGCAUGGGCAAAGCCAUCUCCCUCCUCCGGCCACCGCAACCACCCCAAGAGGACGAGGAGGGGGUGAUGGAGCUGCGGAAGCGCCCGAGGCCGCGGCGCGUCGACCCGGACUUCGUCUCGUCCCCGCCACCCGUGCCGCCGAGGAAGCGGGCGCGGAAGCAGGCAGCGGCGACGAAGCGGCAGCCACCGACGAAGAGGGAGAGGCGCCCGGCGGUGGGCAUCGGGUGCCCCGUCGCGGGGCUCCAUCGCGUGACGUGCGGCCGGCAGCCGCCGCCGCCGCCGCGCAUGUCGACGCGCGUCCUCUUCCGCCCUCGCCGCCCCUUCAACUGGUACGAGCCGGACCUGUGGACGGAGGUGGCCAAGCACCUGUGCGGCUUCGACCUGCUGCGCCUCUCCUUCAGCUGCCGCUGGUUCCACCGCCUCCUCGCCGACGACUCCAUCUGGCGCUACGCUUUCUUCCGCGACCUCGACCUCUCUGAUGCCAACCCGCGCGUUCAUCGCCCGCUCUACCGCUCCUGGCGCCACCUCUACUUUGCCGCCUUCGAUGGCACCCACGCGUACUCGCUCUGCCAGAGCGGCGAGCACCGCAGUUCGUGGCGGAUCGGGUCGUUCCUGCUGGACUCGCCGCAGAUGCUGCUGAUGGGGAAGCUGCCGGUGCCGAAGUGGCUGCCGCCGGAUCCCGACGACGUGCAGGCCGGCAUCGAGAUGAUGGGCGCCUGCAAGCUCCACAACGCCCGCCCCGGAAUCUGGAUCACAGACAUGCAUGUGAUGCGAUGCCCAAUGUGCAACCGCAACAGCUGCCGAGGGAACAAGCAGAUUUUGGACGCACGCCACUCUGAGCUGUUCCUGGAGGAGGCGUACUGGGAUCAGACCUUGCAGUACGAGCACCUUGGCGAGCACUUCCAGGACGAGGAGGUCGCCGACGCCUUCUGCGCCAUCGUCAACGCAAAGCGCCUCGCUUCCCCAUCCACUGCCUUUAUCCUCAGCAAGUCCUGGGCCGGAAAGUGCGACGACCUGCUGACCAAGCAAUGUGCCUCCGCGACCGCUGCUGCCAUCCACACCAACCUCCAGCCCAACGGAGGGUUGGCAUCGCAGUUCGAGGCGAUGCGGGACACGGCCCGGGACGGGCAGAUCGUGUCCGUGAGGAUCUCGCAGAUCCUCUUCUGAUUCCUCCCUCAGUUCAUCGUUUCUCGCGGUAGACCCCUGCUGCACCGUAGAAUGUGUUAUUGCCUAGCUGCUGUGAGUUAUGCUAGAUUAGGCCAGGCCUCUCUGUCACUGCUACGUUCUUGUCUAGACCGUAGAGAUAAAAUUGAUCAGAUUUUCCGCUUAACGUAAUAUCGCGCCUCACUGAGAAGUUCCGCAUUUUUUUUUGUAUUAACGCGCCGUGCAGAGUUUAUAAGUUUAGCAUUUGUAUGUACAUACUGGAAUCUACUAGUUUACUUUUUGGUUAUCUGAUGUUAAACUAUAUAAGCAAAAUACCCUGCUCAGUUCUGAACGUUGUAUGGAUUGUAGACUGGUCAGGCCUCUCUGUUAUUGCAAUGCUACAUU